UAUCAUAUGGGGUUUUAAUAAGUCAACUCAAUUCUUUGCCCAUUCUAUAUAAUCCCUUCUUCUGCAACAACAUCUCAUCACACCAAAAAACACAGAAACAUUUUGAGAAACCAAAGAAGAAGAAGAAGAAGAAGAACAAGCAGAAGCUAAAGAAGAAGACUUGAACUUGAGAGAUGGAGCGCAGACAGUCAUAUGUGCUUGUCGCGCUCAUUGGAUUGCUUCUCUUGACAGAUAUUGUCAUUGCACAGAGCGAUGGCGGCAAAGGCAACGGUAACAAUGGCAAGGGGAACGAGGUACAAGUAGACAAGGGUAAAGGAGAUAAUGGCAAAAGUAACGGUAACGGUCCAAAGGAUAAAGAACAGGAGAAGAAGGACAAGGAGAAGGCAGCCAAGGACAAGAAGGAGAAGGAGAAAAAGGAUAAGGAGGAAAAGGAGAAGAAGGAUAAGGAAAGGAAGGAAAAGGAGAAGAAGGAUAAACUGGAAAAGGAAAAGAAGGAUAAGGAAAGGAAGGAGAAGGAGAGGAAGGAGAAAGAGAGAAAGGCGAAGGAGAAGAAAGACAAAGAGGAGAGUGAAGCAGCUGCGAGAUACAGAAUAUUAUCACCGUUGCCUACAGGACAAGAGCAGGCCAUGUGCCAAGGUCGGGGAUCAUGUUACUACAAGACUCUUGUUUGCCCUGGUGAGUGUCCCAAGAGGAAGCCCACGAAGAACAAGAACACCAAAGGUUGCUUCAUUGACUGCACUAACAAAUGUGAAGCUACCUGCAAAUGGAGAAAAACGAACUGCAAUGGUUACGGAUCUCUGUGCUACGACCCUCGAUUUGUGGGAGGAGACGGUGUGAUGUUCUAUUUCCACGGAUCCAAAGGAGGAAACUUUGCGAUUGUUUCAGACAACAAUCUCCAAAUUAACGCUCACUUCAUCGGUACAAGACCCGUUGGGAGAACCAGAGACUUCACAUGGGUUCAGGCCCUAAAUGUCAUGUUCGAAAACCACAAGCUCGUGAUCACAGCCAACAGAGUGAAUCAAUGGGAUGAAACAUCUGACGCCUUUACCAUCAGAUAUGAUGGAGAACUCAUCACACUCCCUGAAGACGAACAAUCAGAAUGGAGGGAAAUUUCAGGACAAAAGAAGGAUAUCAUCAUCGAAAGAACUGAUGAGAGAAACAGCGUAAGAGUACUUGUCUCUGAUCUUGUUCAGAUGGACAUCAGAGUGAGACCUAUAGGGAAAGAAGAGAACAGAGUUCACAACUAUCAGUUGCCGCAGGAUGACGCUUUUGCCCAUCUCGAGACUCAGUUCAAGUUCUUAGACCUAAGUGAGCUCGUCGAGGGUGUUUUGGGGAAAACCUACCGUCCUGAUUACGUCAGCUCUGCCAAGACUGGAGUCCCAAUGCCUGUAUUGGGAGGAGAAGACAAAUACCAAACGCCUUCUCUGUUCUCGCCGACUUGCAGACUGUGCAGGUUCAAGCCUCAAGAAGAAUCACUUUCUGCUGAUAUCUAAUGAGAAGAAGGAGAAAGAUGGAAACUUCUUUGAUUUUUAAAUAAAUUCAUGGAAAUUUCGUGUUUGUAACUGUUUUGUUUCUGGAAAUAUUUUAUAUUCAUAAAAAGUGAUGUAAUAAAAGCCAAAAAGAUAACAUUUGGCCUGUUUGUGAUGUUUUUGAGGGUUUAAGAAAUGUAAAACAUUUCUUGUGCAAGAAGCAACCCCUUGAUUUCUUAUCGUUCCUUUGCUGUAUUUUGUGUACCUAUCCGUUUAUCGAACAAUAAAAAAAAAAAAAACUAUAUUUGUGUGUA